AAGUCAAUCAUCCGGUGGGCGGAAAAGGACAGAAUUACCUCAUUGAUUGCAGUGAAUGAAGAGAAUAAGAGCUUCUGUUGAAAUGAAAUAAUGUUUGUGUACUUUAUCAUUCUCAUUGUUCUUUUGUUCAGUUCAUGUCCUGCAGCGGGAAAAACCAUUUCUGGGGUUUUCAGGAGCGACGCGGCGAGAGAAAAUAAUGGGCAAUACAUCACAAGAUUUCUGUAUCAUGGUGAGAAUGGACUGAUGGCGUAUCGUGUGGAUGAUGUUCAGAUGGCGGUGCAGAAGGAGGCCAGACUGCUGCUGUUUCAGGGCUCGGAGGGGUUCGACAAUCUCAGCUGUCUGGAGAGAGUCACUUCAGCUCAGAUCUCCAUUACUCUGAGCAAAGUGGAGCAGAACCAGACUAUCCCGCAUCAGUCCAUGCCUCAGACGUGGCACGUGAUGUACGCGGACCGCUACACCUGUCAGGAAGGGCAGAUCGAUGGUGAGCUACAGGACGUCCGCUUCCAGAUCACCCUGCUGAACCCCGACGCCGCAGGAAACCCACUGGAUCACUUCAGCGCCGAGGAGGCCGGGCUUCACAGUUUCUACUUCCUGCUGAUCGUGGCGUAUUUCGUGGCGUCGUGUAUCUAUGUGCAGCCGCUUUGGCAGGCGCUGAGUAAAGGCGGCCCGAUGCACACGGUGCUGAAGGUUCUAACCUCCGCGCUGCUGCUGCAGGGAACUUCAGUGCUGCUCAACUACAUCCACAUGGCCCGGUACGCUCGGGACGGGGUGGGGACGCCGCUGACGGGGAGCCUCGCUGAACUGUGUGACAUGAUCGCACAGGUGCAGAUGCUCUACAUGUUGUUGAGUCUGUGUGUGGGCUGGUCUCUGAGCCGCAGCAGGAAGUCUCAGAGUAAACCGCUGCAGUGGGACUCGUCUCCGGCCUCCACUGCGCUCGCGCUGGCCGUCGUCAUCGCUCAGGGGGCGCUGCUGAUCUGGGAGCAGUUUGAGGAGGCAGAGCACCACAGUUUCCACUCCUCCAGCAGUGUGUCCGGGUGGCUGCUGAUGGCGCUGCGUGUGGCGCUCGCUCUGUUUCUGGCAUCAGUUCUGUAUCAGAUCAUCUCAGCGGAGCGGAGCGCGCUCAAGCGAGACUUCUACCUCAGCUUCGGCAAGGGCUGUUUCCUGUGGUUCCUGUGUCAUCCAGUGCUGGUCCUGUUCUCUGUGAUGCUCAAUGAACAUCAGAAAGAAAAGGUCGUUACGAUCGGCGUGAUCCUGUGCCAGUCCAUCUCAGUGGUGGUUCUGUACCGGCUCUUCCUGUCGCGCAGUCUGUACUGGGAGGUGUCGUCGCUGUCGUCGGUCACGCUCCCGCUCACCAUGAGCCGCCGCGGCCGAUACUGAGCCGUCAGACGGGAAGCUUCACGCCGGAGCGGCUCAUCACGGGUCCGGCGUCGCGUGCGGGAGAGUCACGUGACGACGAGACACAGAGUGAAACUCGCGGUUUACAUCAUCCAGGGCUCAUUCAUCAUAGUUAAUGUGUUCAGUGUGUCUGACACACCUGAUGAAUGAGCCUCGUUCAACUGUGACGCUGCAAACGAAGGAAAGUUAAAGCUCAGUGUUCGUCUCUGUUCAGCAAUAAGAAAAUGAAACGUCUCUAAUUUCUCAGCGCACACAGACGGGACGCCACUGCAUCGUGUGUUUUAUUUGUGGUCACACAUGAUUUCAUUUCUGUCAUUCCCAAUAAGUGCCUAAAAUGACAAUCAUCUGAAGCGGGACGUGUGCAAAACAUCACGCUCCUCCUCAGUGUUUCUGCACAAAUAUUCUUAAAUCAACAUUUACUGGAGAAGCAAAAAAGUCUUAUUUAUUAAAGGUUUAUGUUUAAAAAUAGAACAAAUAUCCCCCAAUGGAGUCAGAAAAUUCAAAUUAACUCAAAGGGAAAUCAAGAUUAUUUUUGUACAUACAAAAACACUGAGGAAGAGUGACAUGUUUCGCAGUGUUUGUGUGUCGACUGAAUAUUAAAUCUAUGGAUAUUUAUUGAUCCUUUUUACUGGAUCCUGCACAUUUCAGUGUCAGAGGAGAAAGAUGUGAAAAUAAAUCCUGUUAUCUAGAGCAUGUGUUGUUAAGUGAAGGACUGUAUCAAAUAUUGUGUUAAUAAACAUCAUGCACACAGUC